CACAAACCCUGCCUUGGUUAAAUUGUAACGUAAAAUGAAGAAGAAAAAACGUCCCACGCUCCUCAAAUCACCCACCGUAACCUUAUACCAAGAACAAUGACAAGGUUCUACAAACAACAAACACGUUGAAGUCCAGCUUUGCUUUACCUGCAGAGGUAAGUGCUCUGACUGCUUGUUGUUGUUCUUGAAACACAAACCCGUUAUAAUUCGUCUGACGAAUUAGCGUCAAGCUAGAAAAAGUAACCCUUCGACCAAGAACGUCUGCCACGUGACUAAAUCCACCAAACAAACAUCGGUAACAGUCCGGGUAGAAAUCAAACAAAACUUAUGAUACCAACGGCCAGAGGAAAAUGAUUCUAGUACACUUCCUAAACGGCGCUCAUUCCUCGUCAGAUAGUCGAACAAUCAAACGCAAUGAAGCUCAGUUUUACGGUUUUGGGAGCAGGCGUUCUUCUGGGCACGUGCCUUCUUGUGCAGUUUUCUACGGUAGAGACAGCUGCCAUAGUUGACCAAGGCAGUGCUCACUUCAAAGCUCAACAGCAAUCUUGUAGCGAUCUGUGCGGAUUCUGCCCAUCGUGCAAUGGAUUCUACUGCGGCGAGGAGUGUAUCUGCGAAUGCCAACAGGAUGCCAAUGAGCAUGCGCAAUGUAUUAACAAGAUCGUGGAAAACAGUGACAAACUCGGACUGAUGUACGACGUCCUGAUCCAGCUGCCGAGUACUGGUGGUGGAAGUCACGGUGGCAUACCCACCAGCAUUGCAACUCGUUUCUCCAGGAGUGCGGCCCCAGGAAAGCAUCACCAUGUCGUUAUGGACGCGGAUGACAUUGCCACUUUCAGGAAGGUGUUGGAGUUCAUCAAACUGCCGGCACAACUCUCCCAAAUAGGACUGCCGACGAAGUUACGACUGAAUUCGCACUCGAAUCGUCGACAGCACCACAUGGGCCCCGGCAGGAGAACUACACAUUGAGUGGGAUCGAUCGAUAGGAUAUGGUGGAACGUGGAGGAGGGAUGCGAGUGAUCGGGUAUUUAUUGUAGGAAUUUAUGAAAUUGACUGUACUUUAAGAAAUAAAAUGUGAUAAUAA